AUGGAAUCCACGACAGGCCCUGACGCCUCCAAGACGCCUAACAGCGACCUCCCCACCAUGUUCCGACCCCCGGUGAACCGCGCAAUGCGGGUUUUGGAUCGCUCAUUCUUCAAGAAGACGGUGCCGUUAUCUGCCGCGACGGUCUUCAAGUCAUCCGAUAUCUCAAGGGUGCGUGGCCAACUGCACAAGAGUCGGGAUUUGUUGGGCCUUCCGAGAACGAGUUCGAUCCGGGAGGUGAAGGUCGAUGAUGAGGUGAAGAAAUGCUUGUUGCUGAGGGAGGGUGUUAAAUACGAUGAUGCUGCAACAUGGUCGCCGACGAUCAAUGAGCUUGUGGAGAAUGGUGCUGUUGGAAUUGGACGGUAUGAUCUCGAAUUGGACUAUGAUUACUGGACUUAUGCCGAUAUCAUGAACGCAAUUUUGCCGGAGGACAUGCUUGAGGAGCUUCCUCAAGGGUUUACCCAGGUGGGCCAUGUCUCUCAUCUAAAUCUCCGCGAACAAUAUACCCCAUAUAAGCACCUUAUUGCGCAGGUGUUGAAAGACAAGAACCCAACAGUCCGGACAGUGAUUAGAAAGACCGAAGAUGUGGGCGCCAAGAGCGAAUUCCGCACAUUUCCCUUCGAGUUUUUGGCAGGGGACGAGGACAUGAACGUCAUCCAGCAUGAGCAGGACUGUGAAUUCCGUUUUGACUACUCUCGUGUGUACUGGAACAGCCGCUUGGAGACCGAGCACCGUCGGCUCGUGAACAAAUUCCGUCCGGGUGAGAUGGUAUGCGAUGUGAUGGCUGGUGUUGGCCCAUUCGCUGUCCCAGCUGGAAAAAAGAAAAUCUUCGUUUGGGCCAAUGACCUUAAUCCGCAUGGAUAUGAGGUCAUGCAGGAUGCUAUUCGCAGGAACAAGGUCAACAAAUUCGUGACACCGUUUAACAAGGACGGAAGAGCGUUCAUACGCUGGUCUGCCAAUGAGCUCCUGCAAACAGAACCAGUGACUGUGGCUAUCCAGAAGAAACAGAGAAGAAGCGCCCAAAAAGAAGAGACACCUGCUCCUCCAGCCGAGGUCUAUAAGCGACCCACUCUCUUUGGUCACUACGUGAUGAACCUUCCGGCGAACGCUAUUGAGUUCCUUGAUGCCUUUCCUGGUGUCUAUGCUGGCAAGGAGUCCCUAUUUGCGCCACACACAUCAACGCCUCUUCCGAUGGUCCAUGUGUAUUGUUUCUCCGGUCAUUCGGAAGAUGAAGUGGACGACCACAAGGAUAUUUGCCAGCGCAUCUCGGAACGAAUUGGCUACACCAUCACGCCGGAGGACCGGGUCGGGGGAAGUGGAAAUGUAGAGCUGGAGCUGGCCAUUCACAAUGUUAGAUUGGUCAGCCCCAACAAGCAAAUGUUUUGCGCUAGUUUCCGUCUACCUAAAGAGGUCGCUUUCCGACAGGUAUAA